AUUGAAUAUUCAUCAGAGAAUAAUAUUAUACUUGGUUUGGGAUCUCGAAACUAAUCCCUCUGCAAUUGACCACAGCAGCGACAACCGAAGCAGAAGGACUGAUCUUUCAAAUUUUCAGCUCAAAAUCCAGGAAUAGUAAUCCAAGCGUACUUCCAGCUGGAUUCAUCAUGUCGGAUAAAACCCCUGACCCAUACUUCGACCUGAUCAUGGACGAAGAUCUUGCCAAUAAUGAAUGGCCACGUGGACUAGACGAGAUCAAAGAAAAAGGCACACGAUGCAUUGCUAUCUCAUCUAUAAGUAAAGAAGACUUUGAGGCUAACAAACACAUCAAAACCAAGAGUGGAGGCUGGACCCUAGCUCGUGCCAUCAACACGGGAGUUGUGAAUCCGACUUCAUUUCUUGGUUGUCACGCGGGAGAUUUGGAGUCCUACCAAGUGUUUGGAGAGAUACUUUUUGACAAAGUUAUUGCCAAAUAUCAUGGUGGUUAUGACGUCAAGACAGGAAACCACGUGACGGACAUGGACAGUUCCAAGAUCACUGAAGAUCUGAGCCCUGAGGCGAAGAAAAAGAUCAUUUCAACGCGAAUCCGAGUGGCUAGAAAUAUCUCCACUUUUCCACUCAAUCCUGGAGGUACUAAGGAGACACGCCUGGCCAUUGCUGACCUGAUGGAGAAGGUAUUUGCUGGUUUGGAAGGCGAUCUUGCUGGGACGUUCUACAGGCACACCACGAUGACACCAGAGCAACAGCAACAGCUCAUUGAUGACCAUUUCUUGUUCCGAGGCAAGGACAAGAUGCAAGCGGCGUCGGGAUACCACGAGCACUGGCCUCAUGGACGAGGAAUCUUCGUGUCAAACACGAAAGAGUUUCUUCUUUGGAUCAACGAAGGUGACCACCUUAGGAUCAUYUCCAUGGAGAAGGGAGGUGACGUCAAGAGAGUCUUCGACAGACUGUCCAGAGGAAUCGCUGCUAUUGAGGCUGGGUUGAAGAAGGAACUAGGAAUCGAUGAUGUCUUCAUGCAUACCCCAUCUCAUGGAUGUAUUACCUGUUGUCCAACUAACCUUGGAACAGCAAUGAGAGGUUCAGUCCACAUACUCGUCCCUAAGCUCAUCAAAUCCAUGGGUUUUGAAGCUAUCGACAAGUUUGCAAGAGAGCGAAACUGUCAAGCUAGAGGGUCGACUGGUGAGCACUCAGAGGUCAUUGACAGAAUCGAUAUAUCGAACUGGAGGCGUCUGGGAUAUAGUGAGUGGAGUCUGGUUCAAGACAUGAUCAAGUGUGUGAACGAACUGUCCAAGAUGGAGGACGAAGCACCGGAAGGUAGUGAUGCUGAGAAAGAAAAGGAGAAAGAAGAGGAGAAAGAAGAGGAGAAGGAAAAAUCGGACCAGAACGCAAACACCAAUGACGCAAAAAAUGGAGAAGCAAAAGCCAAAUCUUGUUCUGUGAUUUAAAGAAAUGACGUUAUUUUGAUAAGUGUGAGCAACACAAAGAAGUGUUUAAUAACGAAUUUGGUAAAAAGAAAGAGUUAUUAUCUGUGUGUCCGGCUUCAAAAGGGACUUUUUCAUACAAAAAGAAUAUCCCAUGCAUUUAAAGGCCAUUGUAUAGCCUAGAUCUCCAUGUCAAGGGAGGAAAAUAUUUAUUUAUCUAUGAAAUGAAUAUUAACUAAUAUUAGUAUUAAUAUAUUCGACAGUGUGAUAGGAAUGUUUGUAUUUUUUUUCCCCAAAAAAUUUCAUGUAUUUUUGCUGAAUUUGAAAUAAUGAAGCAACAGAAUAAAGAACUUUGUGUGACA